GGCUGCGGCGGCGGCGGGACGCGGCGGCGACGUCGACGGACGACGGACGAUCGAGGCCCUGGUCAGGGCGAGCGAUGGGCGGUUUUUCGUGAAGUGGUUCGGGACGUUUGUGAACGUCUUGGGGGGUGGGGUGCGAGGGGAGUCGGACGGGCGCGGCGACGCGUUCGAGGCGGCGUGCGAGGCGUUGACGGAGACGCUCGCGCGGGCGGGGGCGGUGGUGGAGGUUCCGGGCGUUCGUAGAGACGCCGCGCAGGCGAUAUCGCACGCGUGGCAAGGGGUGUUGCGAGCGAUGCGCGAAGGGUCCGUCGCGGGGUUCGAACUCGCGAGGGCGUGCGCGCGAGCGCAUCCGAGCGCGCUGCGGCCGCACGCGAAGACGCUGGAGGACGCGUGCGCGGCGCGCGCGUGCGCGAGCACAGGCACGGAGGCGCGAGAGAGCGCGAUCGCGUGUUUAGCGUCGAUGUCGAGAAUUCAGGGCGACGCCGCGUCUUGGAGCGAGCACGCGCGACGAUUGAUGUACGAGGCGCACGCGGCGUUGAACGACGCGCUCGACGGCGCGGAGGACGGAGAGUUCAGGCGACAACUCGACGCCGCGCUCGCGCCCACGAACGAGGCGGCGCCGAAGAGGUUGGGGGAUGAGAAACGCAUCGCGGCGAUCGCGGCGACGGACCGAGCGAUUUCGAUGAUGAACUGUCUGGAGGAGAUGUUUCGCGCGUCGUUUCCAGAGGCGGUGCCGAUGCCGUGCGCCGCGGCGGUGACGCUCGCUUCUCGCGCGCUCGCGUGCGAUGGCACACCGUUCUCGAGCGUUCCGGGGUUAGCCCCGGUGCCCGUUUCGAUCGAGCUCAUCAUCGCUCUUCCUCACGUGCACUUGGCUGCGUUGGGGAUGCUGGACGCUCUUCUUCAGAACGCCCGAAUACUCGCGCUGCCGUACGGCGGACGCGUCGCCCGCGCCCUCGAACACACGCUUCGAACGAGCGCGCCGACGUCGACGAACGGCGCGCGCGAUGGUGAUAGCAGCGUACACCUCGCGCGCGUUCGAGCGAGAGUGCACGAUGUCGUCGCGACGGCGUCGUACGCGCUCGGCGGAGCGUACGCGAGCGGCGAGCUCGCCGCCGCCGUGGGGUCCUUCAUCAUUCAAGACGCCAAGCCUCGCACGCGCACGAAGCGUAGCGGUGCAUCAGAGGAAGGAAAGACGUCGAAGAAGCGUAAGAAGGGCGGCGCGUGGGGUAACGCCACGGCUGAAGGUUUGGACGAUCUCACGACGGUGGCGAUUUUGGAUGACGUCGACGGCCCAUCCGCCGGCGCGGCGGUACUGGAAGAGAUGAAGCUGCAAACAUCAGCGCUUCGCGCGCUCGCGGCGAUGUGCACGAGUGGUGGAGCGAUGUUGGCACCGGGCGUUCGCACAAAGGUCGAUCACGUGAUCGCGCUCGCCGCGGAGCAGUCGUGCGCGACGUCUACGUCUGACAUUGACGAAGUGAGCGCCGAUCGCCGAGACGCGGCGUACGACGCGCUUCUCGCGUCGGUUCUCGCUCCGAGGCCGUUUCGAUCUCCGAAUCUGCCGCUCGCCAUCGCGUUAUUCUCCAAGGGAUCGCUCGAUCCGCAAACGUCGAUCAAGUGCAUGCAGGCAUCGCUCGCGCUGAACGCUCUGAUGCAUCCGUCGGCGCCGCCUUUGGCGUCGCGGGCGAUCGCGCCUCCGAUCGAGCGCGGCGAGAAUAAUUUCGCAUCGGCGCCGCAGUGGGAUGCGCUGAACGCGACGCGUGAUUUCGACGAUGCGGCGAGAUACGAUUCCGCGGGUGCCCUACGAGCGAGCGUGGGCGAUUACUACAAGACGGCUUCCGAUUCGGCGCCCGCGCCGGAUUUGAGUCCCGACGAACCCGCGCGGGCGGACUCGGUCGAGGCGACUCGAGACGAACCGAUGGACACGGAUGGUGCCGCCACCAUCAACGCGGGCGACGACGCUCCCAAGGCGUCGCGUCCAUCGUCUGAACCCGCGCCCAGCGCGCCUGGUUUCGCCGCCGCGCCGUCGAGCGGUUUCGCCGCCGCCGCCGCCGCCGCGUCCUCAUUCGUCGAGCCUAAGAGCGGACCGCCCUCGGAUUUCAUCUCCUUCUCCACGCAAUCACCCGCGUUCCAGAAGCGCUCGACGAAGGACGAUAUGUGGGACACCAAUCCCGUUCCCGUCGGUCUCGGCGUCGGCGCGUCCAAAAUCGCCCCGCCCGAGCUCUCCGACGACUCCGACGGCGAGCUUCCGGAGAUCCGCACCGGCGACGACGACGACGACGACGACGACGAAGGAGACGACGACGAAGAAGGAGACGGCGACGACGAAGGAGACGAAGAAGGAGAAGAAGUAGUAGACGACGACGACGACGACGACGAGUAA